GUCAGGGGCACGACUUCUUCAAUUGAAGUCCUUUUGGCCCCCGACUUCACUUUGGUCAAAAUUUGCCCAUUUUGGUAAUAAAGAGGGUAUAUGGCUAGUUUGGUGCAAAAACCGUCCAAUGAUUAUAGGCCUAGGGAGCUUUUCCUGAGCCUUCUGAAGUGUUUGCUGUCUGCGUCUGAAUAUAAUGAUUUUUUCAAGAAAACAACGGUUGGAGGUGAAGAAUUGAGUGAGGAAGAACUGAAGAAGAGGGUAGCAGAAGUGUUGAAGGGAAAGAAGUACCUGGUAGUGCUUGACGACAUAUGGGAAACCCAACAAUGGGACAAGGUCAAAGGUGCUUUCCCAGAUCACCAAACAGGUAGCAGAAUACUAAUAACAAGUCGUGACAAGGAGGUGGCACACUAUACAGGAACAACUUCCCCCUACUACCUUCCCCUCCUCGAUAAACACGAGAGUUGGGAACUCUUCUCGAAGAAAGUGUUUCGAGGUGAGGAGUGCCCUUCUAAUCUAGAGCCUCUGGGUAGAUCCAUUGUUGAGAAUUGUGGGGGUUUACCACUUGCCAUAGUUGUUUUGGCAGGACUUGUUGCCAGGAAGGAG